AGUUUCAUUCGUCAGUUAGAGUCUGACAAAGACCAUCACUCAGAAAAGCACUACCGGGUUCCACCCUCACCCCGCCCAGACGGCAGACCGGGAAAGGCAGUGGGGACAGUCAGCAAGGCGACAGCUGCCUCGCGCGCGCGGUCCUCCCACCGCCCUAUCGCCGCAUCCGUAUCCCCCGCCAAGAGAGGUGACAGCCUCAGGACACCUCUCCCCCCGCCAGUCUCAGGUGACCUGCGGACCAUGUUUUCCAGCCUGCCGAGGUGGGGCUCCCACAGGUCCUACGAGCCGGUCCCCGGGGGACUGGAUGCGCAGAAAUGCAGUCCAGAGAAAAGUGCUUCAUUUUUCAGUAAGGUGACAUACUCCUGGUUUAGCAGAAUAAUCAUUUUAGGCUAUAAGAAACCUUUGGAAAGAGAGGACCUUUUUGAACUAAAUGAAAGUGAUUCUCCCUACAUUGUGUGUCCCAUUUUUGAAAAGCAAUGGAGGAAGGAAGUUUUAAGGAAUCAAGAUAGACCAAAUAUAAAGGCAUCUUUUCAUAAAGAAACCCAUACUAGGAAGCCAUCUCUACUCUCUGCAUUGUGGAAUACAUUUAAAUCUUCCCUAAUUCAAGUUGUUUUAUUUAAAAUGUUUGCUGAUAUUUUGUCCUUCACUAGCCCAAUCAUAAUGAAGAAAAUGAUCAUUUUCUGUGAACACAGCUCAGAUUCUGGCUGGACUGGCUAUGGUUAUGCAGUAGCACUUUUUGCUGUAGACUUUUCCCAAACCCUGAUCCUUCAGCAGUAUCAACGUUUUAGCUUGCUCACCUCAGCAAAAAUAAAAACAGCAGUAACUGGACUGAUCUACAAAAAGGCCCUACUUCUAUCAAAUGUUUCUCACCAAAAGUUUUCCACUGGGGAAAUUAUUAACUUGAUGUCAACAGAUGCCCAGCAGCUCAUGGACGUGACAGCAAACCUCAGUAUCCUGUGGUCAGCCCCUUUUCAAAUCCUGAUGGCCAUCUUUCUUCUUUGGCAAGAACUGGGUCCAGCAGUGUUAGCAGGAGUGGCAGUUCUUUUGUUUGUUAUACCAAUAAAUGUUUUAGUUGCCAUUAGAGUAAAAAAGUUGAAGAAAAAACAAACAAAGAACAAAGAUAAACAGAUAAAACUACUCAAGGAAAUCUUGCAUGGAAUUAAGAUUCUCAAACUUUAUGCAUGGGAACCUGCCUAUAAAAAUAAGAUUAUUAAAAUUCGAGAUCAGGAAUUGGAGUUUCAAAAAUCAGCUACAUAUCUUGCUGUAUGUUCUAUGCUGACGUUAACUUGCAUUCCAUUCUUGGUGUCUCUGGCCACUUUUGGUGUCUAUUUCUCACUGGAUGAAGGAAACAUUUUAACAGCCACUAAAGCGUUCACAUCUAUGUCUUUGUUUAAUAUUUUGAGGAUUCCUCUUUUUGAGUUGCCAACAGUGAUCUCAGCUGUGGUCCAGACAAGGAUAUCACUGUGUCGUUUGGAAGACUUUCUCAACUCUGAGGAGCUUUCUCCUCAAAAUAUUGAAAGAAACUACAUAGGAGAUCAUGCAAUUGGGUUUACUAAUGCCUCUUUCUCCUGGGAUAAAACAGGGAUUCCAGUACUAAAAGACUUGAACAUGAAGAUUCCAGAAGGAGCUUUGGUGGCUAUUGUAGGGCAGGUUGGGUCUGGGAAGUCCUCUGUGCUGUCUGCCAUCCUGGGGGAAAUGCAGAAACUUACAGGAGUCGUCCAGAGAAAGGGCUCUGUGGCGUAUGUUUCUCAGCAGGCCUGGAUUCAGAACUGCAUUUUGCAAGAAAACAUUCUCUUUGGCUCCAUCAUGCAGAAGCAGUUUUAUGAGCGAAUAUUGGAAGCCUGUGCUCUCCUUCCUGACUUGGAGCAGUUACCAAAAGGAGAUCAAACUGAGAUUGGAGAAAGAGGUGUGAAUAUAAGUGGAGGUCAGAAGCAACGAGUAAGUCUGGCCAGAGCUGUCUACAGUGGGGCGGACAUCUACCUCCUGGAUGAUCCCUUGUCUGCUGUGGAUGUUCAUGUUGGAAAGCAGCUCUUUGAAAAAGUGAUAGGGUCCUCAGGCCUUUUGAAAAACAAGACUCGUAUUUUAGUGACACACAACCUCACACUUCUGCCACACAUGGAUCUUAUUGUUGUGAUGGAAAGUGGCAGGGUAGCACAAAUGGGAACAUACCAGGAGCUGCUGUCUAAAACCAAAAACCUCAAUAAUUUUCUUCAGGUUUUCAGUGAACAAGAAGAAGGUCCUGCUUUAAAGCAAGUGAGUGUAAUCAACUCCAGAAAUACACUGAAAGACCAAAUACUGGAGCAAGAAGAUAGGCCUUCAUUGGACCAUGGAAAACAGUUCUCAAUGAAAAAAGAAAAGAUCCCUGUUGGUGGGGUGAAGUUCUCAAUCAUUCUGAAGUAUCUUCAAGCCUUUGGUUGGCCCUGGGUAUGGCUGAUAGUAGCCACUUAUCUCGGACGGAAUUUGGUGAGCAUUGGACAAAAUCUAUGGCUUAGUGCCUGGGCAAAAGAAGCAAAACACUUGAAUGAUUUCACAGAAUGGAAGCAAAUAAGAAGCAAUAAACUUAAUAUCUAUGGAUUAUUGGGAUUAAUUCAAGGUCUCUUUGUCUGCACUGGAGCCUAUGUACUCACCAGAGGAUCCCUGACAGCUUCUAGAACCUUAUAUGCUCAACUCUUGAGUAAUGUGCUACACCUCCCACUCCAGUAUUUUGAAACCAAUCCUAUUGGUCAAAUCAUCAAUCGGUUCACCAAGGAUAUGUUUAUAAUUGAUGUACGUUUCCAUUACUAUUUACGGAUCUGGUUGAAUUAUACACUGGAUAUUGUCGGAACAGUUUUGGUCAUUAUGGGAGCUUUCCCACUUUUCAUUCUUGGGAUUAUUCCCUUGGUUCUCUUGUAUUUCACCAUACAGAGAUACUACAUAGCCAGCUCUCGACAAAUUCGGCGGUUGUCAGGAGCAUCCCGUUCUCCUGUCAUUUCUCACUUCAGUGAGACUUUAUUGGGUGUGUCCACUAUUAGAGCAUUUGGACAUGAACAGAGGUUCAUCCAACAAAACAGGGAGGUAGUGAAUGAGAACUUGGUCUGUUUCUACAAUAAUGUAAUUUCAAAUAGGUGGCUGUCUGUUAGGCUUGAAUUUCUUGGCAACUUAAUGCUAUUCUUUACUGCAUUACUUGCUGUGCUGGCUGGCAAUUCCAUAGAUUCAGCAAUUGUUGGUUUGUCUAUAUCCUAUGCCCUAAAUAUUACUCAAUCUCUGAAUUUUUGGGUAAGGAAGGCAUGUGAAAUUGAAACCAAUGCAGUGUCCAUUGAAAGAGUGUGUGAAUAUGAAGAUAUGGAUAAAGAGGCACCUUGGAUUUUGUCUAGAAGGCCUCCAUUACAAUGGCCCAAUAAAGGGGUAGUAGAAUUUAUUAAUUUUCAAGCUAGAUAUCGAGAUGAUCUCGGUUUGGCAUUACAAGAUAUCACUUUCCAGACUCAUGGGGAAGAGAAGAUUGGAAUUGUGGGAAGAACUGGGGCAGGUAAAUCAACACUAUCAAAUAGCUUAUUUAGAAUUGUGGAGAGAUCAGGAGGCAAAAUUAUUAUUGAUGGAAUAGACAUAACAACUAUUGGACUUCAUGACCUUCGUGGUAGACUCAAUAUAAUUCCACAGGACCCUGUUUUGUUUUCUGGAACUCUUCAAAUGAACCUGGAUCCCUUAGACAAGUAUUCUGAUGGUGAGCUGUGGGAGGUGCUGGAAUUGUGUCACUUAAAAGAAUUCGUGCAGUCCCUUCCCAAGAAGUUACUGCAUGAGAUCUCAGAAGGUGGCGAAAACCUCAGUGUUGGACAGAGGCAGCUCAUCUGUCUGGCGCGUGCUUUGCUUCGUAAGACAAAAAUUCUUGUCUUGGAUGAGGCAACUGCCUCUAUUGAUUUUGAGACUGAUAACCUGGUGCAGAACACAAUCAGAAAGGAGUUUUCUGAUUGCACCAUUCUGACAAUUGCUCAUAGACUACAUUCUAUCAUUGAUUCAGACAGGGUGCUUGUUCUAGACUCUGGAAGGAUUAUAGAAUUUGGGGCACCACAGCAUCUGAUACGUCAGAAAGGACUCUUUUUUCAAAUGAUAACAGAAGCUGGAAUGACAAAGGACUUGGGGACAAAAGAUCAAUUACUUUAGCUGCAUAUUGAUGAUAUUGAAUAGAACAGCUGUUCAGCAUUAGUAUUUAACAAAUAAGGAUGGGGAGGAAUGCUCAAAGGCAAGUUCCUGACUGUGAGUUGGCACAUGUACCAACAAACACCCUUGUUUCUCCUCAUCCGGCACUGUACUCUGGCUUCUCCCUUCCUUUCAUACCUGCUUUCUCGGCAUUACCCAACAUGCUAAGUAUCUCAGGAGUUCCUUCCUGGGUGCAGGACCACUCAUCUCCUCCAUUUGCCUUCCAGUCUGAUCUGAGCGCACUUCAUGUGUGCCCUGACUCACCCCAUGUGCAUACCUUUGCCAUGGUACUAAUCAGGCUCCACUCUAAUCCUUUAAGUUUAUCUUUCCCCUUUACAAAAAGCUACUUGAAGGCAGAUGCUCAGUUUUACUCUUCUUUGUAUGAUAACCCUAGCAUAGAGUCUUUCACUCAUACCCAACAAAUGUUUAUAAGAUAAUGAACUUGCAUCUUUGAGUACAUAUAUAUGUGUGUUGAAUUAUUAUAGUUUAUGAAAUGAUGAAGGAAUCAAAGAAGUUAUUGGCCGCUUUUGACUAAAAAAGACAAUAUUUUUGAUAAUUCUAUCUUAACUGAAUUUUAUGAUCUGCUUUAUUUAAAAAUGUUUUGUAGAAUUUCUACUAUUUGCCUUGAGUUAAAAAAAAAAAACAACUAUUUUCUAUAGAAUCUCUGGAUCAACCUUAGAUAUGUAUCAGCUGGUAUGCAUUUGUGAUAAUAUUGUUGAUGUGUAGUACUAAUCACAUUUUGAAGGAAAAUUUUAAUUCAUAUAUUUGGAAUAAAAUCAACAUUGUGCCUGAAUUGCUCUUCAGACUUGAAGUUAUCAGACUUCAGUGGUAUUUUGAAGAUGAUUUUAAACAACUAUUUUAACAAGUUUUUCAAGGCCAUAAACUAUUUCUUUGACCUAUUCUGCUUCCUAUGCAAUCCUAUAUGUACAAAUUUGCUUCAUUUCCUAAGGGUAUUUAUGAAAAAAUUGCCUUAAUCUGUAAAACUGAAUAUUAACUAAGUCUCCUUCUAAUAGGAUGUAAGAUAUUUGAAAUGUUGUUCUGCCUUUACAAUCCUUGAAGUGCUUUAUAAAUGCUGAAUAUUUAUUGAACCAUUAUAAAAGGGAUUUAGGUAUUUCAUAAAUAUCAGUUAAAAGUUGUUUCAGCUUUUGUCUUUGUCUAUUAUGUAUUGCUAUAACAGAAUAUCACACACUGGGUAAGCUAUCAUGAAUAUAAAUUUUUUAGGUUUUAGUUCUGGAGAUUGGAGACUCCAAGAUUGAGGAUUCAUAUCUGGCAAGGGUCUCCUUGCCAUGUCAUUUCAGUGUGGAAGACUUUGAGAAAGAGAAGACAGAGACAGAAAAGGGAAGGAGGCUGAAAUCAUCCUUUCAGCAGGAUUCACUCCUGUGAUAAUGAAUGGUACUGAUCCAUUCAUAAGGGCAGACCUAAUCAGGAUGACCUACUCACCUUUUAAAGUCCCAACCUCUCAACACUUGAUUGGGAUUAAGUGUCCAUCCCAUGAAAUUUAGGGGGCACAUUCAUACCACAGUGCCUCUCUUUUCCUAUAGCUUUAAUAAAUCAGAAAAGCUGCAUAAUUUAAAAUCUAAUGUGACAUCAACAGUAGCCCGUAUAACUGGCAGAACUUUAUGCAGCCAUGGGAAUGAAUGUGUAGCAGUGGCAGACAACAUCAUGGAUCUCACAAACAUAAUAUUGAGUCAAAAGGCUAGGUACAAAGGAAUAUUAUUGUAUGGGUUUAUGAUUCUAUUUGUAUUAAAGUUAAAAUCAAAACCAAAAAAUUAAUCUAUACUAUUGAAAGUUGGAGUACUGGUUAUCUUUGGUGUGUUGGGGGGAGUAAUGAUGGAGCCUGUAAAGAAAGUUUCUGGGAUUAUGGCUGUGUUCUAUUUCUUGAUCUGAGUCUGAGUAUUGGUUCAGUUUGAGAAAAAUUCAUCAGUGUGCAUGUUUAAGUUAUGUGCAGUUUUCUGCAUGUAUGUGUAUUAUUAUUAUUUAUUGCAAUAUAUAAUAUUUAAGAGUUAAAGUAAAAAUAAAAUUAUUAAAAAUGGCUAAUAGUAAAAAAUACUCAAAGAUGAAUUCAUUGUGUUUUGAGAAAUUAAUAUUUUAUUUUCAUUUCAAUUGUUCACAUCAAGGUUGCUAAUCACUUAAGUAUACCAGUAACAAAGUACAGGGUACACUAAAUGACUAGAUUACAAAGAAGUCACACAUUUGUAUUUAAGAAGAAAGUUUAGUCCAUGAUUGUCUGAUUUGCUCAAAGAUUGAACUCCAAAAUAGGUUAAGAAUAUAAUAUGAUCUCAAUAUAUAAAAUCUUUACCUUAGCAAAGAGAAAGAAAAUCCUAAACAGCAUUGACUACUUUGAAGACAAGAGAAAUAUUUAUUAUUGAAAGUCCACAAAUGCCAGGUAAUGUGCAAGACAUUUGGAGCGUUGUCAAUUUCAAUCCUCACUAAGAAGUAUAUAAUCUACUAAUUUCACCAAAAAUGAUACUAAAUUUCCAAAAGAGUCUUGGGCAAUAAGAUUUAAAAUCCAGGUCCACGUGACUUCGUUUUUCUACUAAGUUGUCUCAUUCCUACAAGAAACACUUAGAAAAAGUCUGUAGUUCAAGAAUGAGGGAGAAAAUAGAAUAGCAUUGUAGGUAUAGUAAGAUUGGGGUGGGGUUGCCAUGCUUCUUUAAAUAUAGUAUUAGCUAGAACCAGUUGAAAUAAUCAUUUUUAUAGGAAAUGGAAUAGUGGCAAUUAUAUCUAUUUUAAAACAGUUUGCUAUCAAAUUUUAUGGUAAGAGGAUUUAAUGUUGUGUUUUAAUAUGCGUACAAAUUAUAAAUAGUUCUACCUGAUCCAGAGGGCCUUCUUUUAGGAAAAAAUAGUCAAGACAAUUAGAAUAUGAAAACAUGGCAGUGGUUCCAGAUGGGGAUGCCUUUGUUAAACCUCUACUCAAUCACUUUAGACUUGUGCAAACUUGGGCAAGCUACCUUCUCUGUGCUUAUUUGGGAGUAAUAAUUUUAUCUAAUUCUGAAGUUGUUUGGAAAAUUAAA